GCCGACGAAAACGGUGUUUUUUCACCUGCUCUGCACCAGCCUAGAACGCCAGCGAGUGGCCGGCGCAUCUCCAGUGUGCAUGCGUUUGAGACUAGGACCCCGAGUAGUCACUCGUCCUUUUCAACGGCCUGUCAACACAUUCAGCCGAAUUGAUCGACCAACAUUUGUGCGAGGAGGCACAAAGAAAUGUCUGUCUGUCGUCCCUUUCCUCCAUUACACACUCCGCACACUCCUACCUGAGACAUGUCAACAAGCGCGCUGACAUGUCCGUCCGUGUGUAUCGAGCAUGUUGUAACGCCGGCGUACAGCGCUUGAUGCCGACUGGGCGUUUUCUCUCACAAAUUUCGGCGUUUUGCUUUUCGUUUGAAGUUCCUUCAAGUGCGUUCAUCACAUCGGACUGUAUUAGUCUCUCGACGUCUCUGUCGCCUUGUUUGUUUGAAUCUGUCGUCUUCAUGGGUUCCAAAGUCGCAGACCACGCUGGCGACCGCCACAGAUCACCCGUUAUUCUACGAUUGCCUGGUUGGAGGGAGGGUUACUUGAUUUCCGCUUGGAUCUGUUGUUUCUCUUCUUAACUACUCAUUAAUUGAGACACAGCCUUCCCCGAAGGCCCUCCCGUCGUGCUUCUCUCACUGAACAACCCAGUUUAACACACAAGUACACAGUCUGCUGCUGCAAACGGGUCUUCCCCGUUGAGUCUGACAUCUCGGAGUGAACAUCCGCAACUUUGUCAGCUUGUACAUCCUGGACUUCCCUCACCUACCUCACCGGCAAUUUCACAGUCAACUACUCAAGCUUCAUCCCUCGUGUAGGAGUCUACACGGCUUUGUUUACUCUUUUUGAACACUGUCUCUCGUUUCCGCUCCACCUGAUACUUUGCUUCCCGGCCGAUGGUUUUCGUCGUCCACACACUUUUUUCAUCGUGUUCACUUGCCGAGACUCAUCGUUCGUUUCCUUCUUCCAGUUUUUUCUCCAAUGGUGGCGUUGUCUCGUCCUGGCGCCUCCCCCUCUCGUUGCUGCCCGCGGUCGGCACCUCUCUCUGUGCUCAGUCGCUCUUUUCUGUUCACUGCCCUCAGCUGCGUCGUCCUUGUCUCUGCGCUUCUCUCUUUUCUGCCGGCGAAGGCUCUGCAGAACCAGUCACUCGACUCCUCUGAGCUGGAAAGACCCGCCACACACGACGCCGGAAAACUUCGUGACGGCGAGAGUGAGACGGCGUAUUCAUAUCCCUCUCGCGUCCUGGGGUCCGGGGACAAGGUGAUCCGCCGCCAUGGCGAACGCGCCGACAAACGUCUGGAGUCCGCGCAGGAGCUGACAGAAGCCUCAGGGGGACGCGGGAGCAUUGCCAAGGAACUGAAAAAGAGAAAAAGCGCGAGAGCAAGCGAGUGUAGCGCUCCUCAGUGGGUCAAACCGCCUGGAAACGAGGAGCAGUCAAGUUCGAGACUCGCGGAAGUCUCCCCGGAUGGAGAACUGCAAUCGCCGACGCGCCGACUUCGAGACGAGUCCGAGAAAGAGAGACUGUCUCCAGUCGAACCAGAGGACGCGGAAGGAGGCCUCGUGAGAUACAAACAAAUCAGCAAGAACGCCGAACCGUACAGAGUGAAAGUUGAAGGUCGCUUUCUCCGCCUCGGCGGCAGGAAGACUCUCCUUCUAGCUGCUGGGAUGUCUUCCUACUUCUUCUACUCUGAAGGAAGUGACUGGACAACCUUUCUAAGAAACGCCAGAGCUGCAGGGUGCAACGCGGUUCAUACGACAGUCGUCUGGGGAGCACACGAACAGACUCCCAACGUGUUCGACUUUAUGCGCCCUUCAACAAAUCUCGUCAAAUUCGCUCAACUGGCUGCGGCAAACGACUUGUUUUUAAUUCUCAACAUCUGGUCUGCUCCUGAGAGGAAACCGGAGUGGAAGAACGCCGGCCUUCCCGUGUGGCUUGACGUCAGCUUGCGAGAUCCGUUUGAGGACGCUAAAAAGGCGACACGGCGACGACGCGCUCGUCUUCGAAAAUGGCUGCGUGUGCUGCGGCGGAUCCUGAAGCCUCUCUCAGCCAGCGAGGGAGGCCCGCUGAUUCUUCUGCAAGUAGAGAGUUCGCUAGAGUUCCCCUUCUUCGUGAAAGACACCGUUUCGACACCGGCCAUUUCGAGCAGCGAAGAAGGUGGAGCGUGGCGAGAGUUAACUGGUCAGGACGUGAGGCCUGGCGUCUCGUCUGUGGACGAGGAGAUCGAUGAAGGUAACGAGUGUGUCGACGAACUCGAGGGAGAGGAGCCGCAACUCCGUCAUUCGGCAGACUCAGACGGAGCUUUCAAGCGAAUCCGUGAAGCUGCAGGAGGUGCCGAAGACCUCGCAGGUCGAACGCGGAGACCGCGAAGACUGGACUUGGGUCCGCAAGUCUCACACGCAGGACGAGACGGCCAGGAGUCCAGGAGAUCCUUUUGGGGGUGGCUUUCGGCAUUGGGUCGAAAAGGCAAUCCAGGAGCGGUGAAGUCGGGUGAAGAGACAGCAGACUCUGAAGACAGGACGAGCUCAGGAAUCGACCGGGAGCGGGAGGAAUCGCCUGGAGACCAAAAACGUCUAGGCACAACCCGUCUCAUCUGGCGGCAGUGCUCGCCAGCUCGAAUUCUCUCCACCUUGAACCUAAGGCGCCAAGAAACGGCCCUCGCUCGCGGAGAAACAGAGGAAAGCCCGGAGAAAUUUGGAGGGAAAACCACAGGUGAUCAAAGGCGAGCAGCAGCCGCAGCUUCAGAAACAGACGCGCCAUGCCCCAGUGCGCACAGAGCAAACAAGUCACUUCGGUGUGAACAUCGCGAAGUAGAGGCUGAGGACUCUCGAGGCAGCGCGGACGGACGUAGCUCUGUGUCGAGAGAAGAGACUGAAGGCGAGGAAAAUGAAGAAAAUUCUCUGCGGGCUGUCCUGUGGAGUGGCAAGCGAAUUCGAACGUGUCGAGUGCGGCCGAUGCCCGCCUGGGGUCUUGGCCCCCGCUACUGGCGACGAGAUCCUUACCUUCGAGCCUGUCAAGUCCUAGGUCUCGAGGAGAGCUCGGAAGGCGCAGGCAGGGAAAUGGAAAAUGUGAGCGGUGACGCCCGCGCAGGAGGAAUCGGCGCUUCGGACAAGAGAACAAGAAAUCAGCAAGAGGGCGCGCACCGGGUGGAACGGAGACAGGUCGAGACGCAGCUCCACAGCGGCCCUUGGGAGGCUGCCGGCGGCGCCAGCAGAACAGAGGAGAGUGAAGGCCACCCACAAAAGGGGGAUGGUGUGGACUGGAACGAAGGCGGGAGAGGAGACAGAACGAGUUUCGGCAGAGAGUGCCGCUGCUCAGACUCGGAGAGUGAGAGAGAUGAAGACGCAUGGGCGAGAGACUUCCAUCUGUUUCGACAAAUGGAGAACACACGAAGUCGGAGAAGCCAGAAACGUCUGGAGCACUACGGACUCGACCACAGAGCUCUCGUGGCUCAUGGUGCCGAGGCAGGAGGAGAUGCCCCCGGCCUUCCUCGCAGCUCCUGCAGUGAACAUUCGACCUAUCGACUCUCUGCAGAACGCACGGACAUUCGCAUGCAAGCCCCGAGCGCAGUGCAAGGAGACUCUUGGUCAGACCUGUGCCGCCAGCAUCUACAGGAAGCGCCCCAGCGAAGACGAAGCCUGUGGGAGGAGCUCGACGGUCUGCAGCUGCCUCUCGUUUAUUCGGUGUCUCUCGCUGGUUCAGGCGACGUCCACAGAGACAAACUGAUGACGAAAGCGGUUUUGGACACUGUGAGGGAUGCGGAACUCAGCUUGAGAGGCCAACUGCUUCUCGGCUGUUCAGGGAAGGUUUGUGCGCCUCCCAGAGGCGGUAUUCGAGGCCUUCCUGGCUCUCGCGCGCGGUCGCGCGCUUUUCUCUUGGGGAAGAAACGGAGAGAACGAGAGACCGCCGCAGGGACGAACGAGAGCCUAGGAGAUCUUUUUUGGCGUCGCUGUUUCCUGUCGAGUGUGCCUUGUGUCUGGCUGGAAGCCCCUCCGAUGUCGCCUGCGUUUUUCGACCUGUUAAGCCAUUCAAACAAAGAAAGCGUAUCCUUGCGCUCGCUCCUCGGCCUCCGUCCCCAGCUCUCAGAGGACGUGGUGGCCGUUCUGCAAGCUGCUCCUCCCUCAGAUCGAAGUGGAAUUUCAGAAGCAAGUUCCGCUUCCGACGGCUCUCUCCUCGACGCGUCCUACCGCUGGGCACGGUUUCUCCGCCUGUUUGAGUGGAGCACUCUUUCAGCUUUUGUCAUGUCCCUGUGGCGCGGCCAGCCGCCUUCGCUUCCCCCGUCGCUGAAUGAGGUUCAACUUCCACCCUUCAGCUCAGCGUCGGCGGAUGCUUUUUCGCCGGAGCAGGCCAGUCAUGAACGCGGGCAUCGAGAGGCAAACACCUUCACAGCUAUCCCCGUGGACGCCCUGCAAGAUGCUCUGCGGUUCUUCGCCUACGGUGGAACUGUCCUUUCGCAUAUCCCUUUUAUCGAGCAAAAUCCAGCCUUGACAGACUUCGACUUCCUGGGGGAAGCCACCUCACAUGCCACGGGGCAGCCCCGGCUCAUGGAGCUUCCGUCAGCCGCUUCGUCGUCUUCGUUUUCUUCUUUGUCGUCUUCGAGUUGCGUCUCGCCAGGCGAACGGUCUGGGACCGAGGCGCGUUGCGUGCCUCCCGCCUCGUCGCAGCUUCUUUCCCUGGGGCCUGAGGAAGAGACAGGCGCCGUCAGGAAAGCCUUGACCUUCGACGGGCGACGUCGAGGUCUGGCGCCUCUGAAUGUCUGGGGAUCUCCUCAAACGCCGCUCUUUGAGGUUCUGUUCCUUCUCCACCGAUUUAUAGCCCACGCCAGCAGGAACUUCCUCGAGCGCCCCUCGUACACUCUCCCCUCCCUCCAUCGCGCUCACGUGGAACUUUUCCCCUUCAGGGAUGUCGACGUCGUCUGCAACACACACGAGAAGAGAACUCUCACUCUGCCAGCAAGAGACAGAAAGGUUCCCCUGUCGCCUCGCUCUUGCUACGGGUACGCCCGAGUGCCAGGUUCAUCCGCAGGUGAAGCCCCAGAGAACCGUCAAGUUCGCCUUAUCUACUCGACAGCGCUGUAUAGGAGGAAUCCCUUGAAGAGAAGACGUUCCGUGGAGGCCAGUGGUCAAGCGGCAAGUCUGGCGACAGGUUUGCCUGUCAGAACACCGUGGUCAAAAUGUGAAGGGGACAGACUGCCCCAGUUUAGCGUCGCCCCUAACGCGGAUCUGUUUGCGAUUGCCGAUGGAACUCGACUCUUGAAACCGCAGGCUUGGGUUCAGAGCAUGCAGACACUCGAGCCAAUUGCGCAUGCAACUGCCGUGGCUUCUGCACUCUCUGAGGGGCCGGCGUUUUGCCUCAGAGACGACAGCCCUGCAAAGACGUUUGUAGGAAACCUCUCAGUUCUGGCCUUUCCCCAGCAGCUCGCGAACGGCUGGUCAGACUUCGUCUGGUAUGAAGUGGAUUUGCUUGGACCUUUUAAAGACGCGGCGAACGACGGGCUGAGCAAUCGACCAACUUCGGUGGCGAAUGGGAACGCUCUCAGAAUGCCAACAGCGAAGCCAGGCGUUCUGGCCGUGAGAUGCACGGAAGGCAGCAGCUCGAUCUACGUUUUCUCGGAACAAGGAGAUCUUCUUGGUCAAAAACGCGUGUCGGACGUGCGAGGAAGCCGGUGGCUGAGCGCGAGAUCUCCUGAAAAAAAGGAUGAGGUUUCCUCGAAUGAGAUCUGGCUCCGAGUCCAAGUCCCGUCGGGAGUCAGGAGAGUUGUCAUUCUGAGCUCAUCGUUCGGAGCUCGAAACCGCAGGCCGGCUUUGAUUCAGUCCAGUAGUCUUCCCUCUUGGAGAAGCCGAGUCCAUCGACUCGUUUGCCGCUUCUUUGCGCACGUGGAGAAUCUCUGCCGCUGGCGAGGAAAGGCCCGCACCACACUUCGAUUCCCUCGAACUGAGCAGCAACAACCAAGCAGACAGGAGCUCCUUUGGCAGUCGAUCCCGGUGGAACCCACGAAGCGGUGCAUUGGGUUUCGAAGGGAACCUCAGCUGCAGGCUGGAGUUGCCCUGAACGCGUUUUUGGACAUGUGGGGAUUCGAGCCGGCUCCGGAGCAGCCCUGGACUCGCAAUGGAACGGCCGCGGAGAAACCAUGGACAUCAACACCCUCGAUGCACACGGGUCAAGGCGGAGACGGAGGACACGCCGACGGCACCGAGGAAGCGGCAAUGCGGAGUGUUGGUGAUCGUCGCAGGAAUAGUAUUAAUAACCUUUUCCAGUGGUCUCUAUUCGUCUUUGGCAUGCCCAGGGGUCGACGCCGAGGUUUUUAUCACGUUCUCAAAAUAACAUCAGCAACUCGCACUUCGGCUACGAGGCACCGACACCAGGGACGGACUAAAAAUUGCUGUAACGACCGUAGAGGACGCGCGUAUGUCAAUUCACAGUUUGCAGGGUACUACAUGAUAAACGGAAACUGCACAGACAGAACGACCUCCGAUCCUGAAUGUGAAUCAACUGCGGCACGCAUCAAAAUACCCACGGACUGGGUUAAACCGGGAUUAAACUACAUCGACCUUCUUGAGGAAGAAGGCGGAUACGGAGGUGGCGUCACUAUCCAGGAGGUGCGCAUACAUUAAGUGGCUCGCAAGAGGAUACUUUGGGACAGCAUUGUCGUUUUGCGUUGACAACGGUCUUGUUGAAGUGAAGAC